GGGCUGGAUAUAGCAUCCCUGCUAAGUGACCUCCGCUACCAUCAAGACAAGUGCACCAGGAUGACAGAAGAGUUGUUUCCAAGUGGACUAUAAAAACCAUGUAUCAGAACAUGAAGCUGAGACCCAGCUCUGCCCUGGGCAGGCUGGAGACCUACAAUGUCCACAGUCUUUUCAGCGAGAUAAGACAAGCUGUCUCCGUUCCAAACCCACCUGUUACACAGAGGGCGAAAACUGCUGUGGGGACCACCAAGGCUCAGACUUGGUCCCCAUCUGACUACACUGGAGAAGACAGCGAGCAAAUCCAAACGCCUCCAGAAUGGCUGGAGAAGGAGAUGAUACGCAGGCAGCAGAGACGGUAUUCCCUGGGACUUGUGGACAAUGUAAUGGAAAGUCUUCAGAAUAUCUCUGACCCAACUAGGAGCCUCAGGAAAGAGAAGUUUGAGCAACAAGUGACCCUGGAGCAGCUGCAUAGACUGAAGAAAGCUUUCGAGGAGCUCGAAAACAAUGGGAAAAACUCUGUGGACCUGGAUGCAUUUAAAUGGGCAGUAAAGAAAAGCACAGGAUUACGAGCAACUAGUGAUGAACAGAUAGAAAAGCUUUUUAUGAAAAUAGACUUCACAGCAACUGGGAAAAUUCUGUGGGAACAAUUUUGCACUUACAUGCAACUGGACUACUCAGAACUGGAAGACUCUUACCUCAGGCGCAGGAAAAUCACCUUCGUGUUACCAGCGACCAUUCAGGAAAUUGUUCACGGAGAUCCCAUUCUGCGAGUUUUCCUAAUGCAAGACAGCACUCUAAUAAUGGUUAGAGAAGACGGUCACAUCUGCUUUUGGUCUACACAGCUGAAGCUAAAGCGCGACAAGGCAAUAUUCGAAAAAAGCAUAAAGAAAAUGACAAAAUGGGUGACAGAUUUUACAAUCAUGACACAGUAUAAUAAAUUAGUCCUGGGAACUGGAGAUCGGGAGAUCCAGCUUUAUGAACUGUCUAACCUGGAACCAUACUGCCAGAUUACUGGACUGGAGACAAUGCCAUUAAAACUAGAUUAUUGUGGAACUGACAGUGAUGAAUGUAUGAUAUUAUAUGGAGAUGACAAGGGAUGUGUGAACAUUCUGCUAUUCACUUCAAUAGGAGAAACCUUAAGAAUGUGGAAGAAGAAGCCUCGCCCAGAUAACAUAAUGCCAACCAUUGUCUUGGAGAAUGCCAUUCUUUCUCCUCAUGUAACUUUAAUCCGCUGGAAAGUACAUGGAGAUUGGGUUACACAAAUGAAAUAUUAUGAUUCCAUUAAAGCGGUCAUUUCUGCUUCAAAUGAUGAGUCUACAGCUUUAGUAAUUGGUUGUACAGUUGGGACAACAAAUGUAGAACAGCAGAUGAAGGACAUAAAAGACCAUGUGAAAGACCUGAAGGGACGUAGAGGAGCAUUCACACCUGGACCACCACAGAGGAGAGCAAGUGGAGACCAAACAGUAUUCCGCAUAUAUAAAGGGGUGAAAACUUUUGCAUUCUGCAAAAAGAACAGCCUUGUCGUAACGGGAGGAAUGGAUCGCAUUAUUAGACUGUGGAACCUCUACAUGCCUGCGCGGGCGACAGGCAUGCUUCGCGGUCAUACUGCGCCUAUAUUUUUUCUUGAAGUCUCAUCAGAAGAUAACAAAAUCUUUUCAAUUGCAACAGACAAUACAGUAAAGAUAUGGGAUAUCCAGAGUCAGACAUGUUUAUUUACAGCCUGCUCCAAAUCCAGCGGGAUCAGGGGAGAACUCACUGCCAGCCUUUAUAUCCCAGAAAUCAGAGCGCUAUGUGUGACCACCGACUCCAUCGCCCUUCUGCAGGUCAAAUUAAAGUCCUUGCCUCAGCCUCACCUGGACAGCUCCCAUAAAGAACCCGUCCUCUGCUGCAGGUACAAUAAAGCCUUCAGACAAGUUGUCACCUGCUCAGAGGGAUCGGCUGUCAGAGUUUGGGAUUUUGAGACUGGGAAGCAAGUAUUUGAAUUCAAUGACGCACAUGGAAGUUCUGGGAUCACAUGUAUGACAUUUGAUUCUAUGGGAAGACGACUGAUCACCGGAGGAAGAGAUGGCUGUCUGAAAAUCUGGAAUUACAAUAAUGGGCAGUGUCUGCAUACUCUGAAAAGAGCAAACAAGGUUGAUGAAAUCUGUGACUGCACAUAUGUGGAAAUGAACAGGAACAAAUAUAUUAUUGCUGUUGGAUGGGACAGAAGAAUUAAUAUGUAUAUUGAUUCUGAUGAUGAUCUUCAUCACUUCCAAGAGCCACAGCCAGGCUGGCAGGAUGAUUUGAUCCGAGGUCACCGAGAAGACAUUCUGUGUAUAGCUCAAAAUCCUCCUAAUCUCCUUGCCAGUUCAAGUUAUGAUGGAGAAAUUAUUAUCUGGAACAUGAUCUCGGGCCACAUCCAGUGCCGAAUAAACACGUCCAGUCUUCUUGAUUCUGCAGGAAUUAAAUUAACAGACAAAAGCGUUAGCAAAAUUCUGUUUCUGAAAACGCGGACUGUGAAGUUACAAGGAGCGGCCUCCCUCAUCUCCAAUGGACCAUUAGGUUCUGUGAAUUUCUGGAAUAUAUUCCAAGGAGGAAAGCUGACUGCAAGUUUUAAACCAUCUAGGAUUGGGUGCCAGGUCAGCAGUCUUGCGGUUACUAAAGACAACUCACUGAUGUUUGUAGCAGAUUACAUCGGUUAUAUAUAUGUUUAUCACAUCAAAGACUAUGCUCUCCGGGGAGCUGAGAAGGAUCGUCCGCCAUUUAUCAAGCACUGGAGGGCUCAUGUGGACAUGAUUACCGAACUUCAGGUGAUAGAUGAAGAUAAAGUUGUGUUAUCUUCAUCAUUAGACUGCGCCGUGCGGCUCUGGAGCUAUGAUGGAGAAUUCAUAGGAACAUUUGGCCAGGCAGAUCCAUGGGAGGUAUUUACCCCAGCAUCUUGGAAACAUCCCAUGGUGCCAUAUGAAAUCCUCAUUGACCCGGAGAGCAUGCCCGUGCACCCUGUUCUGGAGGAGCCCACAAACGAACCAGAGGAAAAUGCUUCUCAAGAAAAAGAGGAACCAAAAGAAUCAUCAGAUAUAAAGAAUGAAAUAAGCUACAAUGCAAAACCCUUACUGCUAACUAUAACCGAAGAAGAUAUCCAAGAGGAAAUAAACAAGCAGGAUCUCUCUCAUGGCAAUGGAAAACGGUUACGCAAUGAGAAAUACAUCGUCUCACACAAGCCUCUGGAUCAUGGUGGACCCAAUGCAUUUCACAAGCUUCGAUACUUUGACCUGGAAAGUAAUUCUGAGACUUUUGAAAAGCCGGAUAUGUCUGUAGCUGGUACUGACCCAUUUCAGAGCUAUGUAACUUCCUGAGAUGUGACCACCGGCAGCAACAAAACCACACCAUCUUUGUUUUAAACUUGCCCCUGUAUACAGCGCUGCCAAGUUCAUAGUGGGUCCAAGGAUUACAGAGAAUUCACACAGGAAAUCUCUUAACUUUGAGUUGUUCAGAAG